UCCUCCUCUCCCCAUCCCAGCAGCCACUCCCCACUCCGCUUCCCGUGGCCGUGGUUCAAAUUUCGAAUCCAGAAAGAUAGAUUUCCCCAAGCAUUUCCGGUUCUGUUUCUCCCCUUUCUUUAAACCGUCCAAUCGUCCUCCCCUCGUGCUCGCCUCGCUCGUUGCGCGUUCAAAUUUCAAACCCCCUCCUCCGCCUCCUACGCCCCGAACCCUAGUCCUCCUCCUCCCCUGCCCCCGCCGCGCACCAUGAGCUCCGCCGCCGCGCCAGCUGCCGUCGGCAGCGGCAAGGAGCUUGCGAACCCGCCGGCCGACGGGAUCUCCAACCUCCGCUUCUCCAACCACAGCAACAACCUCCUCGUCUCCUCAUGGGACAAGACGGUGCGGCUCUACGACGCCGACGCCAACGUGCUCAAGGGGGAGUUCGUGCACCCCGGGGCCGUCCUCGACUGCUGCUUCCACGACGACUCCUCGGGGUUUAGCGCCGGAGCCGACCACACCGUGCGGAGGUUGGUAUUUAGCUCGAACAAGGAAGAUGUUUUGGGGCGGCAUGAUGGUCCGGUUCGUUGCGUGGAAUACUCUUACGCUGCAGGUCAAGUCAUCACUGGCAGCUGGGAUAAAACUGUAAAAUGCUGGGAUCCAAGAGGAGUGAGUGGACCAGAGCGUACCCUUGUUGGGACAUAUGCUCAACCUGAACGUGUAUAUUCUCUUUCAUUAGUAGGAAACAGGUUGGUUGUUGCAACAGCAGGAAGGCAUGUAAAUAUUUAUGACCUGCGCAAUAUGUCUCAACCUGAGCAAAAAAGAGACUCUUCUUUGAAAUACCAAACACGAUGUGUUCGAUGUUUCCCCAACGGAACUGGAUAUGCUCUAAGUUCUGUUGAAGGGCGAGUUUCCAUGGAAUUCUUUGAUCUAUCCGAGUCUGCUCAGUCUAAAAAGUAUGCUUUCAAGUGUCACCGGAAAUCUGAAGCUGGCAGGGACACCGUUUAUCCUGUCAAUGCAAUUGCUUUCCAUCCCAUAUAUGGAACAUUUGCCACUGGAGGGUGUGAUGGAUUUGUGAAUGUGUGGGAUGGCAUUAACAAGAAAAGGCUAUAUCAGUACUCGAAGUACGCAUCAAGCAUUGCUGCUCUAUCAUUCAGUAAGGAUGGCCAUCUGCUUGCUGUGGCAUCCAGCUACACCUAUGAAGAGGGAGAAAAAACGCAUGAACCUGACGCUAUAUUUAUCCGGACAGUGAAUGAAGUCGAGGUGAAGCCGAAGCCCAAGGCAUUGGCUGCCCCCCAGUAGUGUUGUGACUUGGUGGCGGUAUCAGUCACAUGGUUAGAUGACCCGUACUUCUCUAAGAGUCUAAAGUUGAUGUCAAUUGCAUUAGUUGACGCAGAGCUUGUUUGUGUGGAAAGAAGUGAAACGUCUGUUUCUUAAUCUGGUCCUUCAUCUUUCGUUUUAGUUGUCCGUGGAAACAUAUCAUGUUCCAGCUGAUUGUAUAUUCUGAGACAGAUUAUGUUUUAGUUUAUUCGAUUCUUCGUUGACCUUAUUUAUCAAAUAUUUAAGUAAUCGUAAGCUUGGAACCUGGAGGGAAGAACUAUGCUGGAGGGGAGUAUUUGUAAUUCCUGGCUUUGUUGUAACGAUGCCUAUUUAUUAGGAGUUGAAGUUUGGAAA